AACCCUAUGGCUCCCAUUGUAAACUAUCUCUCAAUUAUUAUCUUUAUCUUCAUCUUCAUCUCCUUCUUGCCCUCAUCUCUCUCCAUUAUCCUAAGAUAUCCGGCAAUCAUCAACUUUGGGGACUCGAAUUCCGACACAGGCAAUCUCAUCUCCGCUGGGAUUGAAAGUGUUAAUCCUCCGUAUGGCCAGACUUACUUCAGGCUUCCCUCAGGAAGAUAUUGUGACGGCCGUCUCAUUGUAGAUUUUCUAUUGGAUGCAAUGGACAUGCCAUUUUUGAAUCCGUAUUUGGAUUCAUUAGGAUUACCAAAUUUCAAAAGAGGAUGUAACUUUGCAGCAGCAGGAUCCACCAUUCUUCCCGCUAACCCAACCUCGGUUUCUCCUUUCUCCUUUGAUCUUCAAAUUUCUCAAUUCGUCCGGUUCAAAUCUAGGGCCCUUGAACUACUUGCUAAAACAGGAAGGAAAUAUGAAAAGUACUUACCCCCACUUGAUUAUUACUCAAAAGGGCUAUACAUGAUUGAUAUAGGCCAAAAUGAUAUCGCUGGUGCCUUUUACUCCAAGACUCUUGACCAAGUUCUUGCCUCUAUUCCUUCCAUUCUUGAAACUUUUGAAAAUGGACUCAAGAGGUUGUAUGAAGAAGGAGGAAGAAACUUCUGGAUACACAACACAGGGCCUUUAGGAUGUUUGGCUCAAAAUAUUGCUAAAUUUGGGACAGAUUCAACAAAGCUUGAUGAGUUUGGAUGUGUUAGUUCCCAUAACCAAGCAGCCAAACUUUUCAAUCUUCAACUCCAUGCCCUCUCCAACAAAUUUCAAGCACAAUUCCCUGAUUCAGAUGUUACUUAUUUUGAUAUCUUCUCUAUCAAAUCCAAUCUCAUUGCUAAUUAUUCGCGAUUCGGUUUCGAAAAUCCGAUAAUGGUGUGUUGUGGAGUCGGAGGGGCACCGCUAAAUUACGAUAGCCGCAUUUCGUGUGGCCAAACUAAAGUCUUAGAUGGGAUACCAGUAACGGCCAAAGCUUGCAAUGAUAGUUCCGAGUACAUAAACUGGGAUGGAAUUCACUAUACCGAAGCUGCAAACCAUUUUGUUUCAAAUCAAAUUUUAACCGGGAAGUAUUCCGAUCCACCGUUUUCAGAUCAGAUGCCAUUUAUUCUAAGCUUAAAAUUUUAAUAAAAUGCUGUUACUAUUGGUUGGUUUAAUUCAUUCGUUGGGUUCUUGUCAUUAGAUACUUAUAUUGCUCAAAUAAACUGAUUUACCAAUAAACCAUAACCAAAUAAACCACAAAGGUAAAACGGGGUUGGUAGUAAAGUUCUGACCUGACCGGUUUGGUAUAUACGAGAGUGAACCAAUUACACUACUUCUUUGAUACAUAAGCAUAGUACUGUGCCAUGGGAACAACAAAGGCAAUUACAAGCAAACCUCCAACGACAAGACUGAACUGUCCCCUCUUCUCUUCGGUUUCUUCUUUCGUUUUAAAAUUUGAUUCUCUCUUGUUAUCCUUCACUUCCGGGCCACCGGGAUCUGGGAGACCGUCUAUUGCUGCAACCAAACGUUUUGCGCUGCUGUAUAU